AUGUCGACAAAGAGAUUGGUUCGAAAACAGUCUUUGGUGUCCAAACUACAAUCAUUCCCCUUUGAUUUUUAUCUUUACUUGAAUGAAUUGCGAUUAUCAAUUGAUUGGGAUGAAUACGCAAUUUCAAUUGGGUUACCCACUGGUAUUGCUUCAUGUGCCAUAUCGUUUGGAAUCCAAUCAAUAUUAUCCUACUACAAUUCGAUAAGCAAGCGCUCGAAAAACGCACUAUUCGAUUCAAAUUACUACCAAUAUGAAAAUUUAAAAUCAUUAGUUAACUCGAAACGGCAAUUACACGAUUACGAAAUAAAUACCUCAACUACUAAUACAAUAAUGUGGAUCUUCAAUGGAAUUCAAACUUUGAUCAUGGUUGUAUCCAUUGUGAAUUUGAUUUUGAUCUUUACUAGUAAAAGGGACUAUCAACUUUUAUACCACAAGACGAAACCAAAGUAUAAAUCAGCUGUUCAUCCUGCAAAUCAAGAAUCGUACUUGUAUAUGUUGUUGUAUUACAUUGUUGAUUUUUUUUCAAAAGACGAUGACCAUGAGGACGAGAAUGAUGCCGAUGAUGAUGCAUUAAAUGACUCGAUUAGUAUAGAGGAAGGGGAAUCUUGGCAAUUGCGUGUAUGGCAACCAUCAAAAUUUUCGUUGUACUUGUAUGUUACUUUAAAUCCAAUCAACAACUUUAUCAUUGGCAGCUUCACUUCACAGUUUUCAUCAUUAAGUAUUAUUGGCCUAAUAGCAGUGGUUUCGUUUUCCAACUACAAGUUGAUUGACAGUUUUUGGUGUUUAAUCCAGGAUAAGCAAAUCAUUUAUCAAGAGACAUUUAACGAGUUUAAUAACAAGUUUGUCAAACCAAAGACCAAUAUAUUGAAAAAGGAUGCAAUGGUGGAUGCGACAUUGGGCCCUCUCUACUCAUCCGUAUUGGUUAAUAACCAACCAUAUACGUUCACCAAGCUGAAGGUAUUCACGACUCAUGAUGCAAGGGGUAAAGAGGUUAAGGAGUUUAUUGAAGGCGAUCAUGAAGUACCCUAUUAUCAAGAUGACAUGUAUGGGCAUAGGAGUAGGCUAUCAAGCCGCCCUAGUAGCCGAUUAUCCAGUCGCCAAUCGAGCAUCUACGAGCAUUAUGCAGAUGGUCAUACUCUAGCGCCAUUCGCAUUCCGCAAGACAGGUCAUGAUUAUGUGUCCUCAACGCCUUAUCAGGGUCAACAGCAUUCGCCUUUCAAUCGCAUGCAAAGUCCUAGCUCUUCGCGAUUUUCCAAUAAUGCCAAUAGUUACAAUAGAUCUCCGAGUCCGACAAGAAGUGUAUUGAACCAUAGGUUGAGCCCUCAGAGACUAUCGCCAGGAAAACCCGAUUUAACACACCCAAGAAGAGAUAGUGUGGGACAUUCUAGCUUACAUAGCUCACCUUCGUUUCGAUCGCCAUCGCCACAAAGAAGUUCUAUUUUUUAUCGAAGCCCAUCACCCACCCGGCCUACUGAUUCAAGCAGAAAACCAGGUUGGAGGUGA